AUGGGCGUCCUCAUCCGCCGCCCUCCGCACGACGUCUUCGAAGCGCUCGCCGACCCAUCCACCACCACGCGCUUCUGGUACACCAAGUCGUCGGGACGCAUGAGCCGGGGCGCAACCCUGACGUGGGCGUGGGAAAUGCACGGCGUCUCCACGGCAGUGCAGGUCGAGGCGGUUGAGCCCGACCGUCUCAUCCGCUUCCGAUGGGGCAUGUACAGCCAGUCAAGAGGGCGGUCGACUCCACGGCGGGCUUCACCUUUGUGCUGA